GGGAGGCCUUCCUGGGCGCACGAGCAAGUAGAAGUACCAAAUUCCUUUUCCAGACGCCUCUUGGUGCAUUCCUUCAAGGCGGCAGGGCUGUGCCGGCGUUCAGACGCUUGCAGACAUUGCAUCUCACAAGGUGCUCUCUGGCACUACCCAGACGCCAUCGACGCAGCGAUCAUGACCGAGCGCGAAGCCGUCGUCACGCUGGAGAGCGGCGCGACGGCCGCCCUGCGACGCGGCGCGAACGAUCUCGGCGUCGUGUGUCUGCAUCCGUGGGGCCCGCUGGGCGGGUCUCGCGACGACCCGCACGUGGUCACGGCCUCGAACUUCUUCGCGGGCCGGGGCUGUCACACGUGCCGCGUGGACUUCCGCGGCGGCGUGGGCCGCGGCCACGGCAGUGUGGCCGACGCCGUCGCGGCGGCUGCCGUAUUAAGGGACGCCGGCACCCAGCGCAUCGUCGUGGUCGGCUACUCGUACGGCUCGCUGAUUGCCAUAAGGGCGGCGGCGAAGCUGCCCGAUUGUGUCGGGUGGGUCGCCGUGAACCCGCCUUUAUCGUACGCGUGGUUCCUCUACUCGUUCUGCGGCGACCACGCCGCGGCCGCGCGCGCCUCAACCCUCCCAAAAAUGCUGCUCCACGCGACGGAGGACGUCUUCUGCUCGAAUUCCACCUUCGACAGCUUCGUGGAAACCGUCCCGGAGCCGCGGACCAUUGUUCGCGUCGAGGGCGCCUCGCACUUCGACGUGCGGCGGCCGCUCGCGGCGGCGCUGGCGGAGUGGGGCGGGGCGAUUCUUGAUAAGUGAGUUCUGUUGUUA